CUGUACGUCAGGUAUCUUCUGCCUCAGCGAUAGCCUGUCCCUUCACGUCCACUGAGCCGUCCACAGGCGACCCAUAACACACCUCUGCAACCAACACAACACCACACCCACACAAAACACAUCCAUGUAUCUAUCACUCGACCAGCCAUGCCUCUCUUGUCGGUCUCUGCUCACCUUCGCCCCCAUUGCCGUUGGUGACGUCCGUCAUGAAGUCGUCACCGCCCCCUCCCCGCCCCUCUUCCCUGUGCUUGCGCCUCAUCUCUUUGCGAUGUCGGUUGCCCCGCCGGUCGACACGCAUGAAGUCAGCCAAUGUCGGGUUCUUCGGUGGCAGCUUCCCUCCUCGCAUGGGUGGCGGGGGAGGAGGCACCCCGCCACGCCCAUACGAAAUCGACAUAGACCCGCCUCUGUGGUUGGUGAGGGAAGGGUCCGGCGCUGGGAGGGAGGGGGGGUCGGUGGUGCUCUUGCGGCUGAGCCCGCCGGCAGAGUACUCGGACGACUCGUCCACGGCCGCCCCGGUAGCGUGGUUGUGCGGGCCAUUCGCCACGGCCGCCCCGGUGGCGUGGUUGUGCGAGCCAUUCGCCAUGUCAGGUCGGUCCGCACUCGACGCCUCCCCGCCGCCCCGCCCCGUCCUUCGCUUGACAUGCCCGUAGCCGCUGCUGCUGGGCUCCUCCCAGUCCGCUUGUCGGGGGCUGUCGUCUCCGCCCUCUUGCACACGCCGCCUGUAUGACCUUUGGGGAGGUCGGCCCCCUCUGCUGCCUCGAUACGGGGGCGGUGGUCCGUGUGUGGGUUGGUAGUAGUGGUGCUGCGGGGGCUGCUGCUGGUGCUGGUGUGGGGGCUGGUAUGGGGACCACUCUUGGCCCAGGUCGCCGGGCCACCCAGUCGCAUCUCUGUCGGUAUUGGGGGUCACGGGCUCGUCUCUCUCCCCCUCCCUCCCCCUCUCCGCUCCCAAAUCAGGCCCGUAUUGCUGGCCCGGUGUGCGGCGACUCCCGCUGCCCACUUCCUGCCUCGCCUGUGCCCGGUGUGUGGACAGGGCGCCGCUGGGGGCGCUUUGAGCGAGGGGAGACGGACUGGGGGACGACUCGGGCCCAUAGCUGUCGUUGUAAGGGCUCUGUGAGGGUGUGCCAGCAGACCCGUGUCGCAUGGGCGGUCGAGAUGGCGGGAUGCUUGCUGGCGGCGGCGAGAUGCCCAGCCCUCGGCCAACGGCCCGCUGGCGACUUGGUCCUGAAGCCUGGCUCUCCUCUGCCGGCUCCCGGGUGACCGGGGGGCGGGUGUCGGUCUGGCGCACCUGACGAUGGGCUGACGACGUCUGUGACGACACAGUGGGGUAGGGCGGCGGGCCGCGAUCCGUGUGCCGAGCAGUGGCCGCCCCGGCAGGUCUUCCGCCCCCGUGCUGGUGCUGCUGGUGGUGGUUGUGGUGGUGGUGGUGCUGCUGCUGCUGGCUGUGGUUGAACUGUUGCUCCAUCAUCACCAUUCGUCCAGCAUCAAUUGCGGGCGGCGGCUGGCUCGGAAUCAUGCUCAUGAUGACCUCAGCCCGCUUGGGUGGCGCCUGCAGCAGGCCCGCCGACAUGUCCCUGCUGCCAGGCCCGUAGCGGGGCAUCCCCCCACCUCUCGGAAAGGCAGUCGGACUCCAGGCGGUGUCGAUCAUCAGAGGAGGGAUGGACGGCCUGCUGGCGGGGGGGAUGGCAGGGCGAUGGGCGAACAGGGGUGGAGGCGCACCCACAGAUGUCAUUGGCAGUCGUGGGCGCAUGUGGGCGUGGUCGUCCUCGCCUGGCUGACCAAUGUACGUUGGCGGCUCACGCGGGGGCGGCGGAAUGGAGUGGGCGUGGGGGUGUGCUGACGCGAAGACAGGGGGACGCUCGGGCAUCUCCAUAGCAGCAGCACCAGCCCCGUUGGCCACCACAGGACCUCCAAACACGUCAGGCGGGCCGACCACCGGCGACUCCGGCGAGUCCAGGGAGCCGAAAGCCGAGUCUGGCCGUCGACUUUCAGGGCCCUCGUGCGAUGACGUCAUCACGCUUGGUGGCGGCAUGGCGGGUGGCACACCGAUCGCCGCAAUCGGCACACCAACGGAUGCAGGCGCAGCAACGGGAGACGGUAGGAGGGGCUGGGGCACUAUCACGGUCACCACACGGUCCUCAUUGACGUUGACCUCGCCCCCUUGGCUGCCGUUAGCCACGAUUGGCAGAGGUCCUCGACCCUCGCUGGGCAUGGCCGCAGGGAUGGGGGCAGACGACACACGCAUCUCAGCUCCAGCCGCCCCAGACGAUGGCAGCGGCGGAUUCAUCAGGGGUGGUGCCGGUGGUGCAGCAGUGGCAGCAGAUGUCGGACGCCAGGGCAUGCCCGCCCCAGCCAGACGCCGCACACCCCCAGCAGCCUUCAGUUGCGCCCAGUCAUACUCGGGACGGGGGGAUGGCGGCAUUCCUUCGCGCUCCACCUCGCAGAUAACGCGCAACGCCUCAGGCAUCUUGUCAAAGCGGGGGGCCUCGCCCAUCAGCCGGUGCAGGAAGCUGCCCGACGCCUCACCAGCACCAGAUGGCCACUCGGCUGUCUCGUCGCUUGGUUGCUGGAAGGGGCGGACAAGCGGUCGGCGGUCGAUCUCUCUCCGGCCUUCUUGGCUCAGAGCGCUGCGCAGGGACGUGAAGGGCGGCUUGAUGCUCUGCGCCAUGAGCAGCAGCUUCCGCUCCUCCCUGUCCUUGUGUAUGGCCUCCUUGACCAUGGCAUCCGCCCUUUUCGCCAGCUCGGCCGGUGUGGUGCCCUUGUACGAUGCGGCCAUGCCCAUCUUGUAUGCCGGCGAUACCGGGCCGCUGAUGACAGGGAUUGCUGGGAGGGUGGGGGCGGGCUGCUGUGGCUGCUGCUGUGGCUGCUGUGGCUGCUGUGGCUGCUGCUGCUGCUGCUGCUGCUGAGUCAUGGCCAGUGCUGCUGUGGCGCCACCGGGCACGAAGUCCUUAGCAAACGGGUUGAGCUGGUGCUUCAGGACGGUGCUGUCGCUCCUGGCCGCAUCCACUGACGGCGCCCCCGCCACACUCGAAUCAUCUGACCCAUCCCGCCGCUCCCCCCGGCCCUUCCCAGCGUCGACGCCAGCACCCUCAUCACCCUUGUCCGUCCCUGCCGGCGCGUCAGUCACCUUGACCCCAUCACGCAGUCCUGCACAAGGCGUUGGCUCUGCACCACCACUCGGACUGGGCAGCGGGCUGGUCUGCUGGACCACUGGCGCAAAACCGAUUGACGGGACCGCAUUGGCGGGCAUUGGGGUCUCGUCUUCGCUGGCCUCGCCAUACUGGUGUUCUGCUGCGGCGUACUGGCUGAGGUGAAGAGGGGGCAGGUCGCGCGUCGGGGCUGACGAGAGGGGAGGGGCGACGGGGGGCGGCGGGGGUACGGCGUCGCUCGAGAUGGGCGAACAGGGCCGGUCGCUGGGCGGGGGGGCGACCACCGACUCGUACACGUUCUCCAGUGUCUUCAUGAGCUGGUCAGUCUCGCCAUCCCGCCCCCCUCUACUGUCCUCCUCACCUCCCCGCACCUCACCCCUCGGCACAGGUAUGCCUGUCUUGUCCUCUUCGGCCGCAGCGACCGGCUGGUCGCUCGAGGGGAAGGAUGCCGACCUGCCCGAGGGCAGGAAGGUGCCAGAAGAGGAUGGGGACUCCUCGUCACGCGGCUGGAAGGUGUGGAUGCCGCUCUUGGCGCUGCCGCUGUACAGACGGGUUGAUGGUGACCACUUGUGAGACGAGGAGGGGGCGGGGGGAGGGAGGAGCGGGCCCGUCGAUGGCGGCACGGCUGUCGACCAUCUUGACGCACGAGUCUCGAAGAGGGAAGUGUCCAGGGUCGGCAGUAAACCCCUCCUCUCGUACUGCUGCUGGUCUCGGCGCUGCCAUGGCGGGCAGGGAUACGGCCGGUGGAAGGGCGGCCGGCUGUGCCGUCCCCCUGCCGUGGUGGUCUCCCUGGUCUCCCUCAGUGCGGCCUCGACGCACGCAGCCGGGAGGGGGUUGGUGUCCGCCUCACGCCCGCCGUGUUGGUCUGGUGCUGUAUCGGGUGCUGCUCGCUUGUGCCAGCCUUGCCACUUGGUGGUGCGGGGGGAGGCGAGGGGAGCUGAUGGCCUCUGCACGGCCGCGUCGGUGACUGUGCGGUUGAAGUAGAUGAGGCCCUUCAUGCGGCUGUCCUGGACGCUGAGCUGCAUGGGCGGUCGAAUGGCCCCCCCCAGCUCGGUGAUGCGCUUGUAGUUGGUGAAACCGACGCCGAAGGGGUCGCAGAAGUGCCCGUUGACCACCGUGUUGAUCAACCGCUCCUCGCGCCGCCGGACGCCCCUCCCCAGUGUGCCGUUGCGAGUGGCCGCUAACUGGGGGUCAUGGUGGUGACGGGCGAAAAGGGAGCGGUGCAGAUGCGCAUUGGUCCAUUCCGGGGCCGACACGACGCUCGCCAUGAUGCUGGAGCACGUGUCCAUCACGGCAGGGAUGUUGUCGGCCACGGCGGUUCUGAUGGCGUCCUCCAGCCGCUGAGCCGACACGCCCAUCGGCAGCUGAUGACGCGCCGCCAACGCCUCUGAAUGACCAGACGCACAAACAGCAGGGACAGACCACAAGUGAGUGUCUGUGCGUCCGUUGGGCUGUGUGUGGGUGUGGUGUUGUGUGUGCCUGUACGUACCAGAGGUGUCUUUAAUCCAUGCGGUUGUGAUGUUGGCGUGCGCGAGACUGAUUGCGAGAUUGAACCCCAAGUUGCUGAAGGCGUUGGUGAGCUGCUGCACGCGGCUGUCUAGGCAGAAGUCCUUGGUCGUCAGCUGCAUGGCCGUGGUGAAGCCAAUCUGGUAGACAAAGCGCAAGACGCACGCAAUCAAUCGGUGUCAUGUUGGCGCAAGGAGGUGUGUGUCUUUGUGUGUGAUCGCGAGCGUCUGUGUACCAUGAUGAACUUCGGGAGCCCCUCAAUCAGGAUACCGGGUAGCACAUCGUUCUGCAGACACAACAAUGACACACACAGAGAUGAGAGUCUUCCCUCCCCGUCUUGUCUCUCUCAGUGGCCGUGCCGUCGCCUCACCAUGAUCUGGCUGAUGUCGUGUGUGCCCGGUGGGAGUGUCCUCACAACUUCAGAGCUCAAGUCAACCACCCUCUUGCCGUUGGUGCGCACGAACUCUUCGACGUGAGACCUCACCCGCGACUGUACGUACCUGCACGCCACACACACAGACACCAAACAGCCACCCCUUGACUCCCUGUGUUCCUUCCACGUCAGUCAGUCGCUACGUGUAUGUGCCUCCCGGUUCCCGGCCUCACCUUGCCAUUUCUUCAUUGGUGGCGGGCAUGCCUGCCUCCAUCGCCAGCCGACGACCGUCGUCUCCUCUCCGCUGCUCCCCAAAGGCUCCCGCGUCACUAGGCGGCCCGUCGUUGUGCGGUGGGCGUCUCUCCCGUGGUGUGGAGGGGACGAGGCGCGACGACGGACUCGGCGACGCCUGGGUGUGUGAUACGGUUGUCUUCUUGACGUACUUUUGCUGCGGCAUUGUCACUCAAGGGAAGGGACAGUCCAUCUUGUCGGACUCAAACAACUACGAAUGGCAACAGGUAUGCUAUCAGAAUGACUCGUCAGAUGCUCCAAGUUAAAGGCUGUUGUCGAG